AUGUUUGCAGCAGCGACCAAGAACUUUGUAAAGCAGGUUGGAGACACUGGACGCCUCGUACCUGUCCCCAGUCUGAGUGAAGCAGACAGAUAUCAGCCCCUCAGCCUGGUGACGAGGAAGAAAAAACGACAUUUCUGGAAGAAGACCAAAUAUGCCACAACCCCCUUCUCUCUGAAAGACAUACUCGUGGGAGAGAAAGAGAUUACAGCAGGGGUCUCUUCUUAUCAGCUACUGAAUUAUGAAGACAAGUCUGAUGUUGCCCUAAAUGGGCGUUUGGGCAACCACCUGAUCCAUGAGGUGGGAGUAAACGUGAGCGGUUCAGAUUCUGUGGCAGUAAAGGCCUCGUUUGGAAUUGUGACAAAACAUGAGGUGGAAGUUCCUACAUUACUCAGAGAACUCAAUGCCAGGAAAGUCGACCUGGAUCACUGUUUGAUCCGUCAGUCUAAAGAUAGUGGACGCACUGUCCUGUGUGUAGUAAUGGAAAGUAUUCGCACCACACGACAGUGUUCCCUUACUGUUCAUGCUGGAGUACGAGGAACGACCAUGAGGUUUCAGAUAGACGAUGGGCGAAACCCUAAAGGUCGAGAUAAAGCCAUUGUUAUUCCAGCCCACACAACCAUAGCAUUCAGUGUACUGGAGCUUUAUGUGCGACUCGAUGGACGUCUUGACAUUUGUGUAGCUCCAGAGUCAAUGGGAGGCUUUGAGAAGGAACAGAUACGCGAGCAGCUCGGAGGAUUUAUUGGUCGUUUUUCCGUUGGAAGACUUCGGAGAUUCCUGUCAGGAAUCAUCUAUGGGAAUCCUUUCAGAGCAGAUGACAGGACAUUUGAAGAGCUCACUCACUCUGACAUGUACAUGGAUGAUGUCGUGACGGACUACUACGAGAAGGCUGCCAGCAUGACGGAUCUGUCCUCAGCUUACUUGCGGGAUGAGAAGCACACGCGUGUCAAUCUGCUCAACCAUAACAUACCUAAAGGACCCUGUGCCCUAUGCGGGAUGGGACACCAGAGGCGCGAGACUGUGUACGGCUGUCUGGAAUGCACUUCAGGAGGAAACAAAUAUGUCCGUCUUCAUGCUGUACCAUGUUUUGAUCUUUGGCACAAAACCUUGAGGUGAGGAACAGCCUAGAGGUGUGUGUCCAAACCUGUUUCUGGAGAACCAGGGACCUGCAUAGUUUAGCUCGAAUCUUAUUUAAGCACAACUGAUCCAGCCAAU